AUGUCCGACGUCCAUAUUCAGCAGCAAGCCCCCGACGAGGCGGCACCCAACGAUAUCGAGGCUGCGAUCUCGCCUUUCCUCGCGCCGAUCCUUGCACGCGUUGCGCAGCUCGAGGAGAUGGUCGCGCACGCGGAGGUCGAGCGGCAGGAUUUGCACAGCCGGACCCAGGCUCUCGAGAACUCAAACACGGGCAUCGUCGCGCAGUGCAACGUCGCUGAGGCCCGUCACGCCGAGGUCACCGCUCGCGUUGACCUCGCCCUCGCGCGCGCGCAGGCGGCGGCUACAGCAGCAACAGCAGCGGCCCGGCCCGGUGGUGCCGCGAUCCAGGCCCCUCGCAUGGAACCUCCCCCGCUCUACGAUGGUGCUGAUACUGCGACAGCUCGCACCUUCGUCGACCGUAUCGACCUCAUCGGGAAGUACCACGCGUUCCCGGACGACGCUGGCAAAAUCGUAUGGGCGGUGGGCCGGUUGGAUGCCGGUGCGGCUGCCUGGGGCAUUCGGCUCGUUUCGGCGGCGGGUCCCGAGAGCCGCGAUUGGACGCAGUUCCGCGCGGCCUUCCUUACGCAGUUCGGAACGGCUCUCCCGAAGAACGAGGCCGCCACGCGCCUGAGCCUGCUAUCGCAGGAGGGCUAUACGCUGCCGCAGUUCGUGGCGUAUGUGGAGGAGCUCACGCAGGUCUUCGACCAGAACGAGCUCGACUCGAGCAUGAUGAUUGCGGCGGUAACGAACGCGCUCACGGCCGAAACCCUCGCGCAUCUCGUUGGUUUCCGCCCGGCGUCGUUCAGCGACCUGCUCGCGAAACUCCGCUCGCUCGAGCCGGACUUGGUGCGUAUUCGCAACGCGGCUGCCGGCGCGGCUGCCGCGGCACCCGUCGUGGGUACUAGGCCGGCGAAUUUCGCGGCGGUGCAGUCUUCGUACUUGCAGCCCGCUCGCCCGUUGGUCGCGGCGACAGCCUCGCGUGCGGCCACGCCGUCUCCCCCGGUACCUCGUGCGGCUACUCGCCCUGCCCAACCGGUCGCGCCCACCCCGUCGCUGCCCUCGUCGUCGUCGUUGCCUCCGGCUAAGGACAACAAUGCCAUGGAUAUCGACGCGGCACAGCGACUCGCCACCGUGCAGUGCCACAAGUGCCACGGUUGGGGCCACUACGCGAAUCGCUGCCAGGUCAACAAGCGCGUCGCUGCUGCGAUCGUCUCUUCGCACGGUGCAAUCGUGGGCACGGAGGAGGAGGAGGGCUCAUCGCCGCCCUCGACGGACGGUCAGGCGGGUUUUUAA